AUGGAACUGGGACUGGGGAAUGGGGACCGGCACUGGGGUGAUAGCAUGGAGACUGGGACCAGCACCGGGGUAAGAGAACAGGACUGGGACCCAGACAGCAGCGAGCAGCAAGUGCGGGGCGGCCUCCCCCUGCCCGGCUACGAGAUCCACGUCCUGCCCCCUGCCCCCCGAGCCCCCCGAUUCCUCUUCACGGCUGAGCACCCCGGGAUGCGAACGUACUGUCUGGGGGCCGAGACCCCCGAGGAGCUGAACGCCUGGGUCUGUGCCCUGCGCCAGGGUGCAUCGCCCCUGCCCGGGGGUUACUCAAGGGACGCUGAAGGCAGCUGGUUCCGCUCCCUCUUCGUGCACAAGGUGGAUCCCCGCAAGGACGCCCAUUCCAACCUCCUCUCCAAGAAGGAGACCAGUAACCUCUACAAAAUUCAGUUUCACAAUGUGAAGCCGGAGUGCCUGGAUGCCUACAACAGCCUGACAGAGGAGGUGCUGCCCAAGCUCCACUCGGAUGCCGACUACCCCUGCGACUUGGUGGGGAACUGGAACACGUGGUAUGGCGAGCAGGACCAGGCAGUGCACCUCUGGCGCUUCUCAGGCGGGUACCCGGCCCUCAUGGACUGCAUGAACAAGCUCAAACAGAAUAAGGAGUACCUGGAUUUCCGCAAGGAGAGGAGCCGGAUGCUGCUGUCCCGCAGGAAUCAGCUGCUCCUGGAGUUCAGCUUCUGGAACGAGCCCCUGCCCCGCCAGGGACCCAACAUCUAUGAGCUCAGGACCUACAAGUUGAAGCCAGGGACCAUGAUCGAAUGGGGCAACAACUGGGCUCGGGCCAUUAAGUACCGGCAGGAGAACCAGGAGGCAGUCGGCGGGUUCUUCUCCCAGAUCGGGGAGCUGUAUGUCGUGCACCACCUCUGGGCCUACAAGGACCUGCAGUCCCGGGAAGAGACGAGGAACGCGGCCUGGAGGAAGAGGGGCUGGGAUGAGAAUGUGUACUACACAGUCCCGCUGAUCCGGACCAUGGAGUCACGGAUAAUGAUUCCCCUGAAGAUCUCACCCCUGCAGUGAGCGGGGACACGUGCUGCCUGUCCCCAGC